CCAAGGCGAGGAGGGCACAGGGGACGCAGGGAGGAGAGGCUGUGGGGCGGGCAGCAGGAGGAACCAGGGCUGCCGGGAGCAUGGAGCCGUCCUCUCCCCAGGAUGAGGGCCUCAGGAAGAAGCAGCCCAAGAAGCCGGCCCCCGAGAUUCUGCCCAGGCCCCCUCGGGCCCUGUUCUGCUUGACCCUCGAGAACCCGCUGAGGAAGGCCUGCAUCAGCGUCGUGGAGUGGAAACCCUUCGAGACCAUCAUCCUCCUGACCAUCUUCGCCAACUGCGUGGCGCUGGCCGUGUACCUGCCCCUGCCGGAGGACGACAGCAACGCUCUGAACACGGGCCUGGAGAAACUGGAGUACUUCUUCCUCGUUGUCUUUUCGGUCGAAGCCGCCAUGAAGAUCAUCGCCUACGGCUUCCUCUUCCACCAGGACGCCUACCUGCGCAGCGGCUGGAACGCCCUUGACUUCAUCAUCGUCUUCCUGGGGGUCUUCACGGUGAUUCUGGAGCAGGUCAACGUCAUUCAGAGCAACACUGCCCCGCUGAGCAGCAAGGGCGCCGGCCUGGACGUCAAGGCCCUGAGAGCCUUCCGCGUGCUCAGGCCCCUGCGGCUGGUGUCCGGGGUGCCCAGUCUGCAGGUGGUCCUCAACUCCAUCUUCAAGGCCAUGCUGCCGCUGUUCCACAUCGCCUUGCUGGUCCUCUUCAUGGUCAUCAUCUACGCCAUCAUCGGCCUGGAGCUCUUCAAGGGCAAGAUGCACAAGACAUGCUACUUCAUCGGGACCGACAUCGUGGCCACGGUGGAGAACGAGAAGCCGUCCCCCUGCGCCAGGACCGGCUCGGGCCGCCCCUGCACCAUCAACGGCAGCGAGUGCCGAGGCGGCUGGCCGGGGCCCAACCACGGCAUCACGCACUUCGACAACUUCGGCUUCUCCAUGCUCACGGUGUACCAGUGCAUCACCAUGGAGGGCUGGACCGAGGUCCUGUACUGGGUCAACGAUGCCAUCGGGAACGAGUGGCCCUGGAUCUACUUCGUCACCCUCAUUCUGCUGGGCUCCUUCUUCAUCCUCAACCUGGUGCUGGGUGUCCUGAGCGGGGAGUUCACCAAAGAGCGGGAAAAGGCCAAGUCCAGGGGAACCUUCCAGAAGCUCCGGGAGAAGCAGCAGCUGGAGGAGGACCUCCGGGGCUACAUGAGCUGGAUCACGCAGGGCGAGGUCAUGGACGUGGAGGACUUAGAAGGGAAGCUGUCGCUGGAUGAAGGUGGCUCGGACACGGAGAGCCUGUAUGAGAUCGAGGGUCUGAACAAGCUCAUCCAGUUUGUGCGACACUGGAGACGGUGGAACCGUGUCCUCCGCUGGAAAUGCCAUGAGGCGAUCAAGUCCAGAGCCUUCUACUGGCUGGUGAUCCUGAUUGUGGCCCUGAACACGCUGUCCGUGGCCUCAGAGCACCACCACCAGCCCACGUGGCUGACCCACCUGCAAGACGUGGCCAACCGGGUGCUGCUGUCCCUCUUCGCCAUCGAGAUGCUGAUGAAGAUGUACGGGCUGGGGCUGCGCCAGUACUUCAUGUCCGUCUUCAACCGCUUCGACUGCUUCGUGGUGUGCAGCGGCAUCCUGGAGGUGCUGCUGGUGGAGUCGGGCGCCAUGAGCCCCCUGGGCAUCUCCGUGCUGCGCUGCAUCCGCCUGCUGCGCAUCUUCAAGGUCACCAAGUACUGGACCUCGCUGAGCAACCUGGUGGCGUCCCUGCUCAACUCCAUCCGCUCCAUCGCCUCGCUGCUGCUCCUGCUCUUCCUCUUCAUCGUCAUCUUCGCCCUGCUGGGCAUGCAGCUCUUCGGGGGCAGGUAUGACUUCGAGGACACAGAGGUGCGCCGCAGCAACUUCGACAGCUUCCCGCAGGCCCUCAUCAGCGUCUUCCAGGUCCUGACAGGGGAGGACUGGAACUCGGUGAUGUACAACGGCAUCAUGGCCUAUGGCGGCCCCACCUACCCCGGCAUGCUUGUGUGCAUUUACUUCAUCAUCCUCUUCGUCUGUGGCAACUACAUUCUGCUGAACGUCUUCCUGGCCAUUGCGGUGGACAACCUGGCCGAGGCCGAGAGCUUGACCUCCGCCCAGAAGGCCAAGGCCGAGGAGAGGAAGCGCAGGAAGAUGUCCAGGGGUCUCCCAGACAGGCCAGAGGAGGAAAAGUCGGUGGUGGCCAAGAAGCUGGACCAGAAGCCCAAGGGGGAGGGGAUCCCCACCACUGCCAAGCUGAAAGUCGACGAGUUCGAGUCCAAUGUUAACGAGGUGAAGGACCCCUACCCCUCGGCUGACUUCCCAGGGGAUGACGAGGAAGAUGAGCCCGAGGUCCCAGUGAGCCCCCGGCCACGGCCCCUGGCUGAGCUGCAGCUGAAAGAGAAGGCGGUGCCCAUCCCAGAAGCCAGCUCCUUCUUCAUCUUCAGCCCCACCAACAAGAUCCGCGUCCUCUGUCACCGCAUCGUCAACGCCACCUGGUUCACCAACUUCAUCCUGCUCUUCAUCAUGCUCAGCAGCGCCGCGCUGGCUGCCGAGGACCCCAUCCGGGCCGAGUCCAUGAGGAACCAGAUCCUCGGGUACUUUGACAUCGGGUUCACCUCUGUGUUCACCGUGGAGAUCAUCCUGAAGAUGACGACCUACGGCGCCUUCCUGCACAAAGGCUCCUUCUGCCGCAACUACUUCAACCUCCUGGACCUGCUGGUGGUGGCCGUGUCCCUGGUGUCCAUGCGGCUUGAGUCCAGCUCCAUCUCCGUUGUGAAGAUCCUGCGGGUGCUGCGCGUGCUGCGGCCCCUGCGAGCCAUCAACCGAGCCAAAGGGCUGAAGCAUGUGGUGCAGUGCGUGUUCGUGGCCAUCCGCACCAUCGGCAACAUCGUCCUGGUCACCACGCUCCUGCAGUUCAUCUUCGCCUGCAUCGGGGUGCAGCUCUUCAAGGGCAAGUUCUUCUACUGCACCGACCUGUCCAAGAUGACAGAGGAGGAAUGCAGGGGCCAUUACUACGUGUACAAGGACGGGGACCCCACGCAGAUCGAGCUGCGCCCCCGCGAGUGGAUGCACAACGACUUCCACUUCGACAAUGUACUGUCCGCCAUGAUGUCCCUCUUCACCGUCUCCACCUUCGAGGGCUGGCCACAGCUCCUGUACAGGGCCAUCGAUUCAUAUGAGGAGGACAAGGGUCCCGUCUACAACAACCGGGUGGAGAUGGCCAUCUUCUUCAUCAUCUACAUCAUCCUCAUCGCCUUCUUCAUGAUGAACAUCUUCGUGGGCUUCGUCAUCGUCACCUUCCAGGAGCAGGGGGAGACGGAGUACAAGAACUGCGAGCUAAACAAGAACCAGCGCCAGUGCGUGCAGUACGCCCUGAAGGCCCGCCCGCUCAAGUGCUACAUCCCCAAGAACCCGUACCAGUACCAGGUGUGGUACGUGGUCACCUCCUCCUACUUCGAGUACCUGAUGUUCGCCCUCAUCAUGCUCAACACCAUCUGCCUGGGCAUGCAGCACUACAACCAGUCAGAGCAGAUGAACCACAUCUCAGACAUCCUCAACGUGGCCUUCACCCUCAUCUUCACCCUGGAGAUGCUGCUCAAACUCGUGGCCUUCAAGGCCAGGGGCUACUUUGGGGACCCCUGGAACGUGUUCGACUUCCUGAUCGUCAUUGGCAGCAUCAUCGACGUCAUCCUCAGCGAGAUCGACACCUUCCUGGCCUCCAGCGGGGGACUGUACUGCCUCGGUGGCGGCUGCGGGAACGUUGACCCCGACGAGAGCGCCCGCAUCUCCAGCGCCUUCUUCCGCCUGUUCCGGGUCAUGAGGCUGAUCAAGCUGCUGAGCCGGGCAGAGGGCGUGCGGACCCUGCUGUGGACGUUCAUCAAGUCUUUUCAGGCCCUGCCCUAUGUGGCUCUGCUCAUCGUGAUGCUGUUCUUCAUCUACGCCGUCAUCGGCAUGCAGAUGUUCGGGAAGAUCGCGCUGGUGGACGGGACCCCGAUCAACCGGAACAACAACUUCCAGACCUUCCCGCAGGCUGUGCUGCUGCUCUUCAGGUGUGCGACGGGGGAGGCGUGGCAGGAGGUCCUGCUGGCCAGCAGCUACGGCAAGCUGUGUGACCCGGAGUCCGAGUACGCGCCGGGCGAGGAGCGCUCCUGCGGCACCAACUUCGCGUACUACUACUUCAUCAGCUUCUACAUGCUCUGCGCCUUCCUGAUCAUCAACCUCUUUGUGGCCGUCAUCAUGGACAACUUCGACUACCUGACACGGGACUGGUCCAUCUUGGGCCCCCACCACCUGGACGAGUUCAAGGCCAUCUGGGCUGAGUACGACCCUGAGGCCACGGGCAGAAUCAAGCACUUGGACGUGGUGACUCUGCUGCGGAGGAUCCAGCCCCCACUGGGCUUCGGGAAGUUCUGCCCUCACCGGGUAGCGUGUAAGCGGCUGGUGGGCAUGAACAUGCCCCUGAACAGCGAUGGCACGGUCACCUUCAACGCCACGCUCUUCGCCCUGGUGCGCACAGCCCUCAAGAUCAAGACAGAAGGUAACUUCGAGCAGGCCAACGAGGAGCUGAGGGCCAUCAUCAAGAAGAUCUGGAAGAGAACGAGCAUGAAGCUGCUGGACCAGGUCAUCCCACCCAUAGGAGACGACGAGGUGACGGUGGGCAAGUUCUACGCCACGUUCCUCAUCCAGGAGCACUUUCGCAAGUUCAUGAAGCGCCAGGAGGAGUACUACGGGUAUCGGCCCAAGAAGGACGCCGUGCAGAUCCAGGCUGGACUGCGGACCAUCGAGGAGGAAGCCGCGCCCGAGAUCCGCCGGACCAUCUCUGGGGACCUGACUGCCGAGGAGGAGCUGGAGAGAGCCAUGGUGGAGGCCGCCAUGGAGGAAGGGAUAUUCCGGAGGACCGGAGGCCUAUUUGGCCAAGCGGACAACUUCCUGGACAGGCCCAACUCCCUGGCCCCGGUCAUGGCCAACCAGAGACCCCUGCAGUUCUCCGAGAUAGAGAUGGAGGAGCUGGAGUCGCCUGUCUUCUUGGAGGACUUCCCCCAGGGUUCCAGAGCCAACCCGCUGGCUCGCGCCAACAUUAACAAUGCCAACAAUGCCAACAACGCCAACGCCACCACUGGCAACAGGCACCGCGGCAGCAGCCGGGUGUUUGCCAGUGUCCGCUAUGAAAGGGAGUCCCCCAGAGAAGCAGAGCCCUCCGCCGCCGCUGCUGCAGCCCCGGCAAGGCAUAGCAGGUCCUGUGAGGGGGAGUGGACAGGACAGCUGACCCGCGGAGCUGCGCCUGGAGUCCGGGCCCCCCCUGCCCCCUGCCAGCGCUCCAGGGCAGAGUCCCCCGUGCCUGAGGCGAGGAGGAGCCCCGCACCAGGGUGUCUGCAGGAGGAAGCUCCCCACAGGAGUAGGGCCCCUGAGAGUCCCUCCAGGUGCCAGGCUCCAGCCACUGCCCAGCUGAUCCAAGAGGCUCUGCUCCGAGGGGGGCUGGACUCCUUGGCGGAUGACGCCAGCUUCGUCCAGGUGACAGGCCAGGCCCUGGCAGAGGCCUGCCAGAUGGAACCAGAGGAAGUGGAGGUGGCAGCCACAGAGCUGUUGCGGAGACGAGAGGCCUCCGAGAACACAGCCAGCACCCUGGGGUCCCCGAGCCUCCGGUGCUCCCUGGGCAGCCUCAGCCAGCCUCUGGGCUCCCAGGAGACCCUCCUUCCCCGCAGGCCCUGAGCUGGGGUGGGAGCCAGUGCUAGAGUGGAGAGCACCUCCCUGUCUCCGUGGAGUGAAUGAAUGGUGGGGGUGGGGGCACAGCAGACAGCCAGAGGGUAGGGGCCAGCCAGUCCCCGAAGCGGGAGUACAGGGAAACCCAGUGUGUGUGGCACAUCCCCCACCCCGCAGCGGGACAUUAAAGUCUCUAGGCCUGUGAU